UUGUGUCACAUUAUCUACUACUACUACUACUAGUAUCUUGACCCUGCAUCGAUCUUGAGCUCCAGCUUCAUCUUCUCCCGGUGAUAAUGUCCAAGCUAGUCUCAGCUGGUUGGUCUCCUGAUCUCGCCAUGGAUGCCUACCUGCACACCCUGCAACUGUGCAAGGAGCAGCAGCAAGAUGAUGCUCGUGGCAGUGGCAUGGUGAUGGAGCCGAGGAGCAUGGAGUACAUCGCCGCGCUGGCCGCCGGCAACCAGGCGCGCCACCUCCUCGACGUCGCCUCCUCCGCCGGCGGGGGCGGCGCUUCGUCGUCGUCGUCGUCAUCCCCGGCCACGGCUGUCGCGCUCGCCAUCGCCGCCGCGCGGACGGGAGGCCGCCUGGUCUGCGUCCGCGACGACCAGCAAGGCCUCGACGGCGUCAGGCGCCACCUCCGCCGCCUCGGCCUGGCGACCUCCGCGGUGGACUUCCAGCUCGCGCCGUCGCCGUCGGCGGCCGUCCGGCGGCUGCGCCGCGUCGACUUCGCCGUCGUGGACGCCGGCGUGGAGCGCUGCGGCGAGGUGCUCGGGGCCGUGGACGUGGACCCCAUGGGUGCCAUCGUCGUGGUCACCAACGUCUUCCAAGAAGAGAGGACGAGCUGGAGCUCGAGGUCUGGCCAUGGCGAUGGCAGUAGGGUUUGCAGCUAUGGGCAGGUGGUAGGGAAGGGCAGGUCGAUGGUGUUGCCGAUCGGCCAUGGCGGCAUGGAGGUGACGAAGCUAGGGCUAGGCCGUAGGGUAGGAGGAGGGGGGUUGAUUGGGGCCCACUUGCAGUGGCAGAGGCAGCAGAAGAAGAAGCUUGUGAGCACACCCAAGAGGACUUUCUUGGUUUGUGAUGGAUCAUCUUGACUUCUCGAGAUAAUUAGCUCAUCUCAUUAAUUAAUUUCUAGUUUAACCUUCUUUUUUUUUUUGCCCUUUCUUGGGAGAGAUUCAUCAGAAAUAUGGUAGCCAAAACUAUAAACUUGUAUGUAAAUCGAAAAAGAAUAGAUGAUUGGCAUGCAAUAGAUGAUGACAAAGUGGGAUCAGAAUGUGUUAAUGAUAAAUCGGCAUAGCCAUUUCUGGCUAUACGUCUAGAUAAGUAGUAGUUGUUCAGAAGAGUAGUAGAUAUUUUGGUUGGAACAGGAAUACAAACUUUCCUGUGUAGUUGAUCAAUCUGGUUUUAUGGGGAUACCACAUACUAGGAGCACGUUGCAAAA